UAGAAAAAAAAGCCGCACGAUUAUUAAAAAAAUCCCAUUGGACUCAGAAUUCUGAAUCUGAAACUUGACAAACAAUCAAAUAACCUAGUACAAUUGUGUUUGUUUAUUCAACACCAGGACAACUUAUUUAUUUAUCUAGUUUUAUUAACAUAUACAUUAAAUCGCAGUGACCAUUCUGUUAUUCAAAGUGGAAUCUUCUCCUUGGUUAACCAUCAUAGAACCUAACAUGAAACCAAUUACAGCAAUUGUUGCCGAUGAAAUGUUUCCAGAAGGUGCUGGUUUUGGAAUGGACUUAGAAGAUGCAGGAGGAGCUACUGGGCUUUUGGUGGAUUUGGCUGCAAAUGAAAAAACUGUACACGCUGAUUUUUUUAAUGAUUUUGAUGACUUGUAUGAUGAUGAUGAUCUGAACUGAAGAUUGUGAUGAAGAUUUGAACUGGUUCGCUGUAAUAUGUUAACUUGGUAUUUUGUUUGUUAAUUUUUCAAUAAUGUAAAUAAACUAUAUUGUAUAGUUCAA